AUGCAACCAGUUGGUCGUGGACGUCCAAGUGCCCCAACGACUAUUGUUGGAGUUGAUGAAAUUAUUCCUGAACAAGUUGUGUUAAAUGAAAAUUGGCGUUUAACGGAGCUUAGCCACAACAUAAGAGAACCACUAGAUGCUUUAAAGUGGCUGGCAAAGCGUAUUAUAAUAAAAAAUAAUGUGGAGUGCAACAAUUGUCAACAGCCGUUUAGUUUAAACGCAUAUAAAGAUGCCGCGGAUGCUUUCCGUUGGUACUGCAAGGGGUCCAAACAGAGGCAAAGUGUUAGAGAAGGAUCUUUUUUUAGCAAAAGUAGGCUACCACUACAAAAGUUAAUUUACCAUAUUUAUGGCUGGAGUCGAAAUAUGCCUCAAAAAGAAAUACAACACGAAGCCGGUAUGAACGACGCUAGUCAUACUUUUGCUGAUUGGGCCAACUUUUGUCGCGAUGUUUGCGAAGUUGAACUAGAAACAAAUCCUUCAGUUAUUGGUGUUAUUAACGCUGACGGGACACCGAUUGUAAUUGAAAUUGACAAAUCAAAGUUUUUUCAUUGCAAAUACCAUCGCGAGCAAUGGCGACCAGGUCAUUGGGUGUUUGGUGGUAUUGAAAGGGUUUCGCGGAAGUGUUUUUUAGUCGAAGUGCCAGAUAGAACUGCUGAGAGUCUCCAAAACGCAAUAUUGGAAUUUAUUUUGCCGGGAAGUCAUAUCGUUUCAGACGGAUGGGCAUCUUAUGCUGGGAUUGAAAGGCUGAAUGAUGGAAUUUAUUCCCAUGCUGUUGUUAUCCAUAAACGUCACUUUGUUGAUCCGUUAGAUAACGAAAUCCACACUCAAAACAUUGAGAAUUUAUGGAUGCGCGCUAAGUGUAAACUGCGGCAACAAUUUGGAACUUAUGAAGAUUUAUUUACAUCACAUCUUCAUGAAUUUAUUUGGCGACAAAGAUUUAAAGAAUUUCCAAUAUUCCCAGCAUUUCUUACUUGCAUUUCCCGUCAGUAUCCUCUAUAA